GAAGAACACAGUCUUGGAUUAUUAUUAGCAUUUGAAAAAGAAAAAAAAUGAGAAACAUGGGAAGUAUGGGAAGUAGUGGAAGGCUAUCAAUGGAUGAGAAUAGUAAUAAUGAAGAAGAAGAGGCUUCAAGGUUUGCCAUUUCCACAUUUCAAGCCAGAGAAGAAGAGAUUGAGAGGAAGAAAAUGGAGGUUAGAGAGAAAGUUGAACUUCAAUUAGGUCGUGCUGAAGAAGAAACAAGACGAUUGACUCAAAUUUGGGAAGAGCUUGAAGUGAUGUGCGAUCCAAUGAGAAAAGAAGUUGCAAUGGUACGAAAAAAGAUUGAUUUGGCUAAUCGAGAGUUGAAACCAUUAGGACAGAGCUGCCAGAAAAAGGAGAAAGAAUAUAAAGAAGCACUGGAAGCUUUCAAUGAAAAGAACAAAGAGAAAACUCAGCUAGUUACUACAUUAAUGGAGCUGCUGACUGAAAGUGAAAGAAUGAGGAUGAAGAAACUGGAGGAACUCAGCAAGAAUGUAGAAUCCAUCUCUUAAGUUUCAUUUUCACUAUUCUUGUAGUUUUCUUUUCUCCAUUAUUAAGAAUUUCUUGUAUUCUUGCUAUUAGGCUUCUGAUGUAUUAAUAUUAAGCAUUGUUGUGCACUUUUGCUUUAUAAGCAUAAUAAUAAAGCUGUGCUUGAACUUUUUAACUCAAA